AUGAGUCUGAACCAGCAGGGCGAACCCGAAGUCGCAGAUCGGAAGACUGGGAAUCGGGCGCACCGUCGCUCCGAGAGCGAGGCCAGUGGCGCGUUCGGCGGAGGUCCUCGUCCAUUCACCAGCACCAGUUACGAUAGUCCCCGAUGGAGAGGUGGAGGCGCGAACAAGCAACGUGGGUCAGGGGGGCGGUACGGGUGGAGGGCGAACGAUGGCAAUAACGUAUCGCCGGCGGACGAUGAAAAUCCCAGACUGGUCUCCCUUGCUGACUUAAUCCGCAAAGAGGACAAGGUCCCUGCGACGCUCUUGUACGAACACCCAGGCGAUACGGACGCUCCGAUGGAUGCCCGGGACAUCGAGGCGGGAGGCCUCACCCACCAAGCCAUGAACGGCGGGGCGGUUGGCAUGCAAGAAGCUCUUCAAGCGGCCGAGCACGGCAACUCUGUUCGCCUGUCGAAAUUCUUGCAAGAUGGAGGCAAUCCGGACACGUUGUCAAGGCUCCACCACCUACGUUGGAGCCUGCUGCAUUUAGCUGCAGGGUGCUCAUCCAUGGGAGGCCGCUUGGCUUUUGCGUCCCAUCGUCGUCGCCCCGAGCCGGACUGCAACGAUGGAUACGUGACCUGCGUUUCGGAGCUGCUCGCCGCGGGCGCUGAUCCUAACAUUACGUCUAGUAGCUUAGGAUAUACGCCCCUGAUGAGUGCGGCGUUAACUGGAAGCAAGGAAUGCUGCUGGUUGUUGCUGAGGGCUGGGGCUCGGCUGGACAUGAGGGCGGACGAUGGACGAACUGCGUUCGACUUUGCCCAGAAAGCCAGGCACCUUGGCGGUGGAAGUUCGGGGGGUACACACGAUUCCGUCUUAGAUGUCCUUCGCGAACCCCCGAAGAAAAUUCCAAGGUCGCCAACGUUGGUAAUCGCAGCGCUUGCUGAACGAUCAAGCCUCGAGCCGGAGGAGGAGGUCCCUCCUGUGGAGGUUCGGUGGAGGGUGCCGUCGCAGGCUAGUCUUGCUCCGACUUUAUGCGGAGACGUGGAGAGAUUUUACCUCAAAACGUGGUGCCGAGGAAAAGGAAAAGAGGUGAUCCGGACGAAGACCUCAACAGUAGACGUGCCUCGGAGAGAUUUCUGCCGAAAUCAGUGAGAGCAAGCUCACCCAGGCGGAGUUCAAUGCGGGUGACAGUCUUCAAGGUUCCACCUCAUGUGGGACCCAAGAGGCCAAAGCGCACUGCCUUUUGCUCCCACUCAAAAAUUUGUCGGAGAUUUGCCACUUGAUUGUUCCACAUAGAAAAACAAAGAUGAAAUGAUACUUCUUUGAAUUUGGGGUGAAUCAAACCGACAGCACACUUUUCUCUCACCCUUGGGCGAGAUACACGCAACCGAUCUGAAAGUUAUUCACCACGCUGGGUAGCAUAGAUCUAUGCGCCCAUCACGCACGCGUCCCUGCACGUGUCGCUGCACACGGGAGCCUAGCUGCUUGCAAGCGUUGCAGCAGCUGGCGUGCUGUGCCUGUUUCGGCUGUAUGACGUGCUACAAGGAAGAUCCAGUCCAUUGGUGCUUGAUUUUCCGUUGGGAAAACGAGAAAGCAAGGGCCUUCUCGUCAUGUUGAGUUCGCUCGUUUCACAAGCAAGCAAGGUUCGAGAUAAAGCAUUGACUAAGAAAGCCCACAUUGCCACGGACAGAGAGUGAACACAGGUGGCAGCCUGCAGUUUUUUGCCUUGAUUCUCGACCCAAGAGAUCAUCGACAGAGGGAUCGCUCUUCGAAAAAACCUCUGCCUUCCUCAGUCGCAAACGACAUCAGCCAUCGUCCAUGGCCUACAGGCGGGGGAUAUAUACUCGUUCACUGUUUCUUGUGUCGCGGAGGUGGAAGGCGCGCUGCGACAUUCCCCACCGUCUUGCAUGUCGAAGCCGCUACUGAUUCCGGAAUCGAAGGAGGAUCAUCAGUGGCGCCUUGGAGGGAUGCUUCAGAUGGUAACUGGGAAAGAGACACCCUCAACUGGUACAACCGGAGAGGGUAGCGCAGCACCACAGGUACGACGGGUGACCAACCAAUCUCCCACAAGUAUUGACCAGCGGCGGGGUCCUGCAAAGAGUUUCAGCGUGUCCUGGGCGAAGGAUGAUAUCGCUCCCACGAUAGAUCAACGACAACCGGCAAGUUACCGCGCGAGCGAUGAUGUGAUCGUGUCUCCGUCCGGCGACUUCGGGCGGUCCUUAACAAGCAGUACCAGCGAGUGGGAGCCCAAACACGCUUCCCCUGUGGUGCCUUUGCGACGUCGCUCGCAGUCGUACGCGAGCUCCGCGACGCGAGCCGACACAUUCCUACAGACUUCGACGGCUGACGAGACAAUUCGAGCCUCGAUGGCGUUCCCUCCCCCAAGUACAUCCUCACCUUUGGAAGAAGGAACCGAAGCGCGGCCGUUAUUCAGUGACACGACGCCGCACGCUGGACGGGCUCAGGGAGAAAUGGGUGGCGGAGGACCCCCUCUGACCUUCUCGACGAAUAGUUCGGGAUUCGAAGCGAGCGAAUUUUACGAAGACGGUGGCUGUAGCGUUAGUUAAAUAGUUGGGCGUUUGCAGGGCAACGGGUUUUCGUUGUCUGGGUGAUGGGGUGCUUUUUUCAGGUGAACCUUUUGUGACCAGAGGUUGACGUUGGGAUGAGCUGAUUCGGCCUAGGGGACUAUCUCGGCUGCCCACGACAA